UGUGUUGACAAAACGCACGGUGGUGGUAUACACAUAUAUAUCGUCUUGAUUUCACAGUAUUUGAGUGCAAGAUUUUUGCAGCUAUUGUCGACUUCGAGAGAUUCUUCUAAUGUUUGGAGUAUUCUAACAAAGUGAAGUGCAAAAACGUCUCGUUGUUAUUGAUCACAUAACCGAGUUUUCGGAUGUGUUCAAUAUUGUGUGCAUGUGAUUCUGGUGAUUCUGCGGCGUUGACUUAGACUUCUACAGCUCAUCACAGUAUGUCCGAGAACGUUGUGUCAUCCGACGUACCAGGCCCAGCCUCAAAGGACGUUUGCAACACUAGGGAAAAGCCUAAAGCCGAAAACUUGGAUCAGCCUUCUACGUCAGCGCCAGGGUCAUCUGAAAGCCACCUCAGUGCUGAAAACUCUCGACCGCGGAAAAGAAAGCGAAGCACCACGCCUGAGCCACAAACUCCGUUAAGAGAAAUCAAUCCUCAAGACUCUUCGACAAACGCUCGCCUUGCUGCUCCAGACGACUGCCCUGAAGUCAACAGCAGCCCCAUUUCAGCAUCACAAUCGUCACAAUCGGCAGACAAGUUGACAAUCUCUGAGAUGAGAAUGCAGGACCCUGGCCCGUCAUGCUCGACGGGGGGAGGAAAACGUCAAUGUAACACUGCUGGACCAUCACAUGAACGUAACCCCGCUGCACCAUCACAUGAACGUAACCCCGAUGGACCAUCACGCAAACGUAACCCCGCUGGACCAUCACGCGAACGUAACCCCGCUGGACCAUCACGUGAAUGUAACCCCGCUACACCAUCACGUGAAUGUAACCCCGAUGGACCUUCACGCGAACGUAACCCCGCUGGACCUAAACGUGAACGUAACACCGCUGGAGCAUCACGUGAACGUAGCCCCGUUGGACCUACACGUGAACGUGACCCCGCUGGACCAUCACGCGAACGUAACCCCGAUGAACUUACACAUGAACGUAACCCCGCUGGACCAUCACGUGAACGUAACCCCGCCAGACCAUCACGUGAAUGUAACCCUUCUGGAUCAUCACGUGAAUGUAACCCUUCUGGAUCAUCACGUGAAUGUAACCCUUCUGGAUCAUCACGUGAAAGUAACUCUUCUGGACAAUCACGCGAACGUAACCCUUCUGGACCAUCACGUGAACGUAACCCUUCUGGACCUUCACGUGAACGUAACCCCGCUGGACCAUCACGUGAAUGUAACCCCGCUGGACCUACACGUGAACGUAACCGCGCUGGACCUUCACGUGAACGUAACCCCGAUAAACUUACACAUGAACGUAACCCCGCUGGACCAUCACGUGAACGUAACCCCGUCGGACCAUCACGUGAAUGUAACCCUUCUGGGUCAUCACGUGAAUGUAACCCUUCUGGAUCAUCACGUGAAUGUAACCCUUCUGGAUCAUCACGUGAAUGUAACCCUUCUGGAUCAUCACGUGAAAGUAACUCUUCUGGACCAUCACGCGAACGUAACCCUUCUGGACCAUCACGCGAACGUAACCUUUCUGGACCAUCACGCGAACGUAACCCUUCUGGACCUUCACGUGAACGUAACCCCGCUGGACCAUCACGUGAAUGUAACCCCGCUGGACCUACACGUGAACGUAACCCCGCUGGACCUUCACGUGAACGUAACCCCGCUGACCCCGCUGGACCAUCACGCGAACGUAACCCCGCUGGACCUACACGUGAACGUAACCCCGCUGGACCUUCACGUGAACGUAACCCCGCUGGACCAUCACGUGAAUGUAACCCCGCUGGACCUACACGUGAAUGUAACCCCGCUGGACCUUCACGUGAACGUAACCCCGCUGACCCCGCUGGACCAUCACGCGAACGUAACCCCGCUGGACCUACACGUGAACGUAACCCCGCUGGACCUACACGCGAACGUAACCCCGCUGGAUCAUCACGUGAACGUAACCCCGCUGGAUCAUCACGUGAACGUAACCCCGCUGGAUCAUCACGUGAACGUAACCCCGCUGGACCAUCACGCGAACGUAACCCCGCUGGACCAUCACGCGAACGUAACCCCGCUAGACCCUCUCGGGAAAGUAACCCUUCUGGAACUACACGGGACUGUAACCCUUCUGGAUCUACAGGAUCGUCUGCAACAAGUAGUCAGAAAAACGUGGAUGAUCACGAAUUCAAGAGGCCUCUGCACCCAUUAAGGUGGCGGCGCCUUCUCAUCCACAGACGUCGCGAACAUAACAACAGCACUCUCGAGAACGGAAGCCGAAGUGCCGUGGAGCGCACCCAGCCAGAUGAUGUACCGUCGAGGGGAAGAGAACUGGACUUGGACAGGGUUCAGCUUUUGGCUCCAGGAAUGUUUCACAUGAUAACCGCUUACGUGGAGCAGGAACGGAGGGAGUUUUUAUGCAAACGUAUUCAGGAGGAAGAGUACCUUGUGGUUAAGAUAUUAUGCAAGGUCUGUAACAUCGAGUUCCUGGAACUCUACCCUGACAAACUUCAGAUUAUUCUCGCAAAGACAUGCUGCUUAGCGUACCUGACCACGGAACACACCCCUACACCCUUCCCACUCCGCGCUCAGUUCAAGAAAGAGUUGUGGAUUCCGAAGAAACUCGUCUCAUGA